AGGUCAUUUGUUUUUUUGGGGCGUGAACAACAAACGGAAAACUAACUUUUCUCGCCAGCUCAGCCUCCUCUCCUUUCCCUCCCCGCCGCUCAAACCCUUCGUCAACUUUCUCCCGCCGGAAAAUAUUUUCCGGCGCCGAAAGUUGAGGUUCUGUGUUGGGCCCUUUAUUCACAUACUUUUUGGCGGGAGAGGUUUUUUAUUUUUGUUCAUUCAUUCACAAAAUAUAUAACCAGCCACAUAGGCCUUAUAUUUGUAUAUAUUUAUGGCGGUGGCAUCUCCCCGGAAUACUAUAAACACGGUGUUUGAGAGAGUCGGGGUUUAUGGGUUUGGUGGUGGUAGAAGUCAGAAGAGGUUGAAAUAUGAAAUACAUAGACAAGAAGAUGAGGAUGAUAAUAUGGAAAUGGUGCAGCUGGGAGCUGAGAGGACCAAAAAUGUGCUUAUUCUCAUGAGUGACACCGGUGGGGGUCACCGUGCUUCUGCCGAGGCGAUUCGUGAUGCUUUUCAGCUCCAAUUUGGCGAUGAAUACAGGAUUUUUGUGAAGGAUGUUUGGAAGGAGUAUACUGGCUGGCCAUUGAAUAACAUGGAAUCUCAAUACAAAUUCAUGGUUAAACAUGUCCAGCUUUGGAAGGUUGCGUUUCACAGUACUUCUCCCAGAUGGAUUCACUCUCUGUAUCUUGCUGCAGUUGCUGCCUAUUAUGCCAAGGAGGUCGAGGCUGGCCUAAUGGAAUUUAAGCCUGACAUCAUCAUCUCGGUCCACCCUCUUAUGCAACAUAUUCCUUUGUGGGUUCUUAAAUGGCAAGGCCUGCAGAAGAAAGUGAUAUUUGUCACAGUCAUCACAGACCUCAAUACCUGCCACCCAACAUGGUUUCAUCCAGAUGUCAACAGAUGCUACUGCCCUUCGGAAGAGGUAGCAAAGAGAGCUUCAUUUGAUGGGCUUGAAGAAUCUCAAAUACGCGUGUUUGGCUUGCCAAUCCGACCCUCAUUUUGCCAAGCAAUUCUAACCAAAAAUCAGUUGCGUGAAGAGCUUGAGAUGGAUCCAGAUUUGCCUGCAGUUUUGCUGAUGGGAGGUGGCGAAGGGAUGGGUCCUGUGAAAAAAACUGCAAAGGCACUUGGAACAUCUUUGUUUGAUGAAGAAUCAGGAAAACCAAUUGGACAACUGAUUAUCAUCUGUGGACGUAACAAGGAACUAGCCUCCACACUAGAAUCAUUAGAGUGGAAAAUCCCUGUUCAGAUUAGAGGUUUUGAGAAGCAGAUGGAGAAAUGGAUGGGUGCUUGUGACUGCAUUAUUACAAAAGCUGGACCAGGUACAAUUGCAGAGGCAUUGAUUCGAGGGCUUCCAAUAAUUCUGAAUGACUUUAUUCCUGGGCAAGAAAAAGGAAAUGUUCCAUACGUAGUAGACAAUGGGGCUGGUGUUUUCACUCGAAGCUCAAAGGAAACAGCAAGACUUGUUGCCGAAUGGUUCAGCACUAAAUCAGAUGAACUAAAGAGGAUGUCAGAGAAUGCACUUAAGCUAGCACAACCAAAUGCAGUGUUUGAUAUUGUUAAAGACAUCAACGAAUUAGUGUGCCAGAGAGGGCCUCUUUCCAACAUUCCAUACAUGUUGACAUCGUCGUUUUCUGGAUUAACUCUCAUGUAAAAAAAAAAUAGAACCGGGGAGAAUAUAGGUGUGCUUGAAUGUUUCAGGUAGGUUUGAGUCAUUAAGAUUUGUUCAUUCUUCAGGCUUCAGAGUGUUGGUAUUUCACAGUGUAAUCUCUUCAUAAACAAGCUCUGAUGCUUGCAAAGUUGUAUUUAUUCACUUCAUCCUUUGUACAUGGUCCACCGUAAAACCGUAAAAAUAAAAACUGAUGUGAUUCCAACAA